CAUUUCCUCGCACGGUCAAAUCAUUGCAUAAAAUCGGACAAAGUGUGACGCAACCCAUAAAAUAACGGACGAAGUUCUGUCCGCGUUAUCGUCCGUGCAAAACGGUCAAGACCGUGUGAGAGAGCAGUAAAAUGAAGUUAGUUCCCUUUUUUUGGAUCGAUUGUCCAGUCUCAAAUUUAUUCGUAAUUGGAUAACCAAGACUAUUUGAACUCGGUGAGAUGUCCACACAUGCGCAAUGAUCACGACUACAAUUUGAGCUGCAAGCACGUGGUUGCAAGUGGAUAAAAUAAAGCUGCAAUCUCACAAGCUUUUUUCAUUAUCAGAGACACUAAGAUGCCUAAAAGGAAAGACUCCUCAACCUUUGUUUGGGCUCCAUUACCAGGGGCAAUUAUGUGGCCUGUUUUACUAGUAAAUGAACAGGAGCCUAAAAAGAAAAGUUCUACUUCUUCUGUUUUUUGUAACUGCGAUCAAACGGAAAUAUCUCAAGAAAAAGAAGAAGUAUGACACUCUUAACUGUUUCUUAUCAGAUAUAAAAUGGAUUGAAGAGAUGAUUAACCAGUCAUCCCCAGUGAAAAAAAGGUUGCAGGAUGAAGGAUCAUUCACUGCUCAACACGAUUCACCACCACCUACAACUCUCCCAGGAGCAACGCCACCUGCUGCACCUCCAUCCAUAACUCAACCAGAUUUAUCACAAACCACUACUGGACCAGUAUUAUUGCCACCUACAGCUCAGCCAGAUUUGACACCACCCACAAUUCAACCAGUUUUACCACAACCCACAACUCGACCAGAUUUACCAUCACCCUCAACACAACAAGUUUUACCACAACCCACAACACAACAAGUUUUACCACCACCCACAACUCAACCCGAUUCACCACCACCCUCAACUCAUCCCUAUUCACCACCACCCUCAACUCAACCAGAUUCAUCACUACCCUCAACUCAACACGAUUCACCACCACCCUCAACUCAACCAGAUUCACCACCACCCUCAACUCAACCAGAUUCACCACCACCCUCAACUCAACCAGAUUCAUCACUACCCUCAACUCAACCAGAUUCACCACCCCCCUCAACUCAACACGAUUCACCACCACCCUCAACUCAACCAGAUUCACCACCACCCUCAACUCAACCAGAUUCAUCACUAUCCUCAACUCAACCCGAUUCACCACCACCCUCAACUCAACCAGAUUCACCACCACCCUCAACUCAACCAGAUUCACCACCACCUAUUAUGACACGACCAGAUUCACCACCACCCUCAACUCAACCAGAUUCACCACUACCCUCAACUCAACCAGAUUCACCACCACCCUCAACUCAACCAGAUUCAACUGCAAAUGCUAUAAGUGAGGAUAACCUUGAAAAACCAAGCAAUGCCCGUAAGCUUGGAUUUGACAUUAAAAAACUAAUAAAUGGUAAGAUUGGAAUAUCGAUCAUGACUAAUGAUGAACCUAGCAGAAAGGAAGCAGAAGAUUUAUUAAAAACCAUGGAAAUUUUUUGGGGGACUAGGGUAGCAAAAUUGUCAAAUGUGAUAUUAGAGCAGAGAAAAUAUGAAAAACACAAGCAACUUCCAAAUCCAGAUGAUAUUGAAGAAUUGAAUAAAAGUCUUGAAUGUUCUUUAAAAGGUUUAGAUUUAACGACAACUACACUUGAAAAUUUUACCAAUGUUGUUGAAGUGGUUGAAGCAAAGUUAGUUAUAUACAACAGAAGAAGAGUUGGUGAACUAGAGGCCAUAAGACUUGCAGAUUAUGAAAAUAGGAAAAAGGGUGAAGCACCACAUCAUUUGGUGGGUCAACUAUCAGAGUUUGAGAGGAAACUUUUAACGGAACAAGAAGUUAUGACAGUGAGGGGAAAGACUGGUCGAGGAGUUCCUGUAAUUUUACCUGCCAUCACAAAAGCACCUUUAAGUUAUUUAACUGACAGCUCUGUUAGAAGUGCUUGUGGAAUAAGUUCCAAGAAUGUUUAUGUCUUUGCUGGGAAAGGUGAGGGGGUUAUAAGAGCAUACAAUUCAGUUUUAAAGGCUUGUUCUAGAGCACCGUUGAAAUCUCCACAGCUGAUAACAAGCACCAAUUUAAGAAAAUACAUGGCCACAGUAACCCAGGUAUUUGACCUUAAGCCGAAUGAAAUGAAUUGGGUUUUAGACCAUUUAGGACAUAGCAUGGAUGUACAUAAGAUUCACUACAGAGCUUCAAGUGAAAUACUUGAGAAGACACAGAUAGCCAAGUUAUUAUUGUUACAAGACAGUAAUCAGAUAGGAAAAUAUAAAAACAUGUCUUUGAAAGACAUUCAGAUUGAAGAUUUGGUUAUGGAUGAUCAGGUUCAAAGCCCAGUCACAGAAGACUUUGAUAAACAGGUGUUUGAAGAGUCGCAAAUGGACAGUGACUGUGAGGAAAUAAAAGAUAAACGAAAGCCUGCAGUUUCAAUCAAGGUUAAGUGGACUCCUGAAGAAGACGAAGAGAUAAAGCAGCUGUUUAAGAAGUGUAUAUUAAAGAAAAAAAGACCGUCUCCGAAAGAUUGUCAGAAGGCUUUAGAAAGAAGCAAAUUAAAUGGUGGAGUCUUAUGGAAGAGGAAAAAAGAUGUUUUAAAAAAGAAAAUGUUCAGGCUAAUUGAUAAGUUGAACAAAAAUUGAUUCAAAUGACCUAUCCUAAUCUGUUUGUUGUAUUGUCUUGCACUAACCUAAGGCCUGUUGUCAAAAUGAUCUAAAUUUUAAAUUGGAGUACUGAUUUCCUUUUCUUUUCCAAAUGGGCAGUAUUUCACUUUGGUAUUGUUUUAAGGGUAUAAGCUAAUAAUAUUAGCUCCAAAGCUUAUUUUUUGUUAUACAAUAUAUAUAUAUGAAUAUAGAUAUGGGUUUUCAGACUCAAUUUAGAAUUGUUUUUUUAUUUUCUUGUAAAUCCAUCGGUCAGACUCUGACAGUCAGAGGUUUCAGUUUUUUUUAAUCAUGAAUAAAAGUAAUAAAAAUACUUUUAAUAUGUACAUGUAUGUUGCUUUAAACUGAAGAAUAUGGCAAUACAUUUAUAUUGAAGAUUGCUUUUAUUUUUUAACUGUGCUGCCCUUUCAGAGAGUCCUUUAAUUUAUGAGAUUUGAGGUGCAUCAGAUAUUGUCCGAAGUCUUACCCUAUUGUCGGACAUUAAGGCUCUGUAUUUCGAAUACAUGAUUUCAAAAGCUUUGAUGUGAAAAUCUUGUAGAGAAGGGGGAGAUAAUAUCUUAUUGGCUUGUCCUAAGCUGCGCUCAUCAAAGUAAUGGGAUUUAAGAGUUGCAGCGCAUAUGUCUGCCAAAUAUUGGGUCUUGUUCUGGGCUGCAGUCCAUCAUAGUCGGACACCUGGGCUCAUUAUUUCAGAUGAAGGAUUUCAAGGACUCGAUUUCAAAACUCUUGUGGAGAAGGGGGAGAUAAUUUGUCUGUGGGGGUGGGUUGCAGCUCAUUUCAACGUAUAUCUUAUUGGCUUGUCCUAAGCAAAGGCGUUUUAUAGCUGAGGCGCUGGAGGCGCCAGCCUCCUCGCGAAAAAAAUCAAAGAAAUUGGAAAAGUAAAACGGGAGAAAAAUGCUAAAACCGAUGAGAAAAAUGAAAAUGUACCCUAGUUAGGGGGCCCCUAAAGGCAGGCAAAAGGCCCCCACGUCUAACAAAAGGGCCCCUCUGGCCAAGGGAAAGUGCCCCGAGUCCUAGUCUAUCGUUUUCUAUACAAUGUUACUGUCGCGUCCAUUACUGAAUGCGAAUGCAGUCAUUGCAUUGAUAUAAAAAUCAUCAACCAAGACGCCCCCACCCCCGCGAAAAGGCCCCUCAAAAUAGUAUAGCCUCCACCAUGAUAAACCUUAAAACGCCCCUGGUCCUAAGCUGCGCUCAUCAAAGUAAUGGGAUUUAAGAGUUGCAGCGCAUAUGUCCGCCAAAUAUUGGGUCUUGUUCUGGGCAGCAGUCCAUCAUAGUCGGACACCUAGGCUCAUUAUUUCGGAUAAAGGAUUUCAAGGACUCGAUUUCAAAAAUCUUGUGGAGAAGGGGGAGAUAAUUUGUAAGGGGAGUGGGUUGCAGCUCAUUUCAACGUAUAUCUUAUUGGCUUGUCCUAAGCUGCGCUCAUCAAAGUAAUGGGAUUUAAGAGUUGCAGCGCAUAUGUCUGCUAAAUAUUGGGUCUUGUUCUGGGCUGCAGUCCAUCAUAGUCGGACACCUGGGCUCAUUAUUUCAGAUGAAGGAUUUCAAGGACUCGAUUUCAAAACUCUUGUGGAGAAGGGGGAGAUAAUUUGUCUGUGGGGGUGGGUUGCAGCUCAUUUCAACGUAUAUCUUAUUGGCUUGUCCUAAGCAAAGGCGUUUUAUAGCUGAGGCGCUGGAGGCGCCAGCCUCCUCGCGAAAAAAAUCAAAGAAAUUGGAAAAGUAAAACGGGAGAAAAAUGCUAAAACCGAUGAGAAAAAUGAAAAUGUACCCUAGUUAGAGGGCCCCUAAAGGCAGGCAAAAGGCCCCCACGUCUAACAAAAGGGCCCCUCUGGCCAAGGGAAAGUGCCCCGAGUCCUAGUCUAUCGUUUUCUAUACAAUGUUACUGUCGCGUCCAUUACUGAAUGCGAAUGCAGUCAUUGCAUUGAUAUAAAAAUCAUCAACCAAGACGCCCCCGCGAAAAGGCCCCUCAAAAUAGUAUAGCCUCCACCAUGAUAAACCUUAAAACGCCCCUGGUCCUAAGCUGCGCUCAUCAAAGUAAUGGGAUUUAAGAGUUGCAGCGCAUAUGUCUGCCAAAUAUUGGGUCUUGUUCUGGGCUGCAGUCCAUCAUAGUCGGACACCUAGGCUCAUUAUUUCGGAUGAAGGAUUUCAAGGACUCGAUUUCAAAAAUCUUGUGGAGAAGGGGGAGAUAAUUUGUCUGUGGGAGUGGGUUGCAGCUCAUUUCAACGUAUAUCUUAUUGGCCACUCGGCAAACCUCGUAAGAUUUCGGAAUCUAAACUCGGCUGUAUGAUGAAUUCCGCCAUAUUGGAACUACUUUAAAGGUACCGGAUGAAACAUGGCUGCGCCCAUUCCAAACACAAGUUGGCGACCUAUUUGGCUAGCGACCUAUUCGACCGAUCCAACUGUAAGAUAAUGACGAAAUUACACUUCUAUUCUGAGCUGAAGGAAUGGAUAAAAAAUAAUAUAUUCUACUUUCAUUUGAUAGACAUAACGUUGGAUUUUAUUGAUUGAUAAAUAGAGACUGUUGUCUUUACUCGAAAUAGGUUUCCAACGAACAGGUUGCAGCUCGAUCGGUCGAAUAGGUCGCUAGCCGAAUAGGUUCCCAAUUUGUGUAAUAGCGUCAAGUUUUCCUGUUAAAGUAAACCGGUAGCCGCAUCGCAAAUGUAUGGGCGUAGGUACAUAUCACUUACUGUCAUACAUCCGAGACUAGAUGUAGUUUACGUAGUUUACGGAAUCUGUCGAGAUUAGCCGAGUG